AUGGCAGCCAACGAAUCAAGCUACACCGAGAUGAAGGGCGACUUGGAAGCAAUCGGGGCGCAUUGCCAGAUGGAAUACUGCAAUGUACUAGACUUCCUGCCGUUCCGCUGCGAGAGUUGUCAUGGGAAAUUCUGCCUCGACCACCGCACCGAAUACGCGCACAAAUGCCCCAAAGAAGGCGAAUGGGCGCGUCAAAAAGCCAAAAACGCCCAAAACACCACGCCAUCCGCCCCCAAACCCAGCGUCUACAACCACGACUCACAAUGCGCCGACCCCUCCUGCAAGACCUUCAUAGACACUGCCCGCGCACAAGGCGUACACUGCCCCCGCUGCAACAGACGAUAUUGUCUCAAACACCGUUUCGAAGAAGACCACUCCUGCUCGACCCUCACACCCCUCGGCGCGCGGCCCCAGAACUACGUACAAGCGCGCACGCAAACCGCUCUGACAAGACUGAAAGCAUGGGCAGAGCAAAAGAAGAAAGACGAUGAGAAACGGCGCUCUUCAUCCAAGAAAACAGGCGGUUUCCUCGGGCUGGGCAAAUCCUCCUCCUCCGCCGCAUCAUCCGCGCAAUCCGAACUCAACGCCCUCAAACGCGUCGCAAAAGGCGAAGCCAGCAUCCCCGCCGAGAAACGUAUAUACCUACACGUCGAAGCCUCGGCCGAUACAACGAAAGCCAAGUACCCCACGGGGAAAUUCUUCUACAACAAAGAGUGGACUGUGGGGCGCGUGUUGGAUAUGGCGGCGAAGGCGCUGCAGGUACAGAAUGUGAAUAAUCGGGGUGGAGGGGAGGAGGAGAAGCUACGGGUUUUCCAUGUUGAGGGUGGACGGCUGCUGAAGUUUAGUGAGAAGAUUGGGGAGCCGUGUCAGAAUGGGAAUAUGAUUGUGCUGUUGAGGGGGGUGGGGAGUGGAGAGGCGCCGGAUUUGAUUGAUUUGUAG